UUUGACGCAAUCGCCAUCGAUCACGGCACCCGCACCCGUGCCCUUCACCUACACGCAUCCUGCUUAAUGAAUUCCACAAUUACCGUUGUCACUAAUAAUAAUAACAAGGGAAGGCGCAAAAAAGCGGAGAGAAGUUGCCUGCCAGAAGCCGUUCAACGCUGCUACUCCCGGUGGCCGCAGUAGUGGACUGGCGAGCCUCCCUGUCCUGCACCGGCGGUGCACCGCCAACGUUGCACGGUCCCACGGCGCAGUCGUUAUGACCCUACUGCUCGUCGCCUUGCCGGGUCACGCAAUUCCCAUGCCAUGGUAAAGUGAGCCUGUUCAAAGCACGAGAGAGAGAGAAGGCGAAGAAGCUACUAUUAAAUUUUAAAUAAAAAAACCGACCGGGAAAUUGAAAAAGUCGAUUAAACCGGCCAGUUAAAGAAGGCGACAACGUGUCGGUGUCGUUUUGGCUUACCUGUCCGACGUGGCCACCUCGCCCUCGCCUUUCGAACGUUAUAAAGGGGUCACGCCCGUUCUUGCUUCACGCCAUUUCGUGCGCUGUGCUUGCUGAAGAGCGAAGACAUUGGCGUGGUGGUGGGGAGGUUUUGGAUCUGGAUCGUGCAAUGAUGGCGGCGCAAGCCGUGGGUUUCUCGUCCGGAUCCGGCGACCGAUCCGAUCGCGUUGUUGGUGUUUUUAGAGGAAUGGAAGGAGUCCAGAUGUUGCAGCAGGAGCCUCUGCAAGUUAGCAGCGAUCAUGGCAUCGGAAAGCAGCAGAUGCAGCCCCAAAUACGAAUCAACCCUAGUGUGUUUAGUGAGCGGAAGAGAGGGCUGACUUGCAAUGUCUCCGCUCCCGCAAAGCGCGCUCGGGCGGAGUUCGUCGCUUUGAAUGGUUACAAUCAGAUCGCGGCAUCGCCGCUUUUUCCCUAUUUGGAUCAGGCUGCUGCGCCGGUGAAGCUUGCUGGAACGAUUCCCGGGUUUCUUCCGCAGAAUCGACCUCCGGAGUCCGGUGCGACUUCGACCAGUGGCCGGCAUGACUCGCCGUUGCAGCCCGUAUUGUCUUCUUCCGGCGAUCUCGUUUCUCUUAUCUACAAGCAGAAUCUUGAAAUCGACGCCUUCAUCUGUCUCCAGAACGAGAGGAUGCUGAAUGAAUUCAAGGAGAUGAGAAACCGGCAUUGCCGGGCGGUUCUAUCCUUGUUAGGGAAGCAAAUGGCGAAGCGUUUGAUGGAGAAGGAAGCCGAGUUACAGAGUGUUACCCGGCGGAACGCGGAGUUGGAAGAGAAGGUGUGGCGGAUGAGCGAGGAGAACAAGAUCUGGUACAACGUGGCCAAGAACAACGAAGCCGUCGCAAGCAACCUUCAAUCGAGCCUUGAACAAGCCCUGCUCCGGGGCGGUGUCAGCCACAGGGACGCCUUUGAGGUCGCCGCCAACUCGGUCCCGGACGCCGACGACGCGGAAUCCUGCUGCGAAGCGGAGAACUCCGUGGCGGCUGCUCAGAGGGGGACAGCGUGCAGGGCGUGCGGUGAGAAGGACGUCUCCGUUCUGCUGCUUCCCUGCCGGCACCUGUGCCUAUGCGAGGACUGCGAUGCCGUCGCCGGCGGGUGUCCGGUCUGCGGCGCCACCAAGAAGACUUCCUUCCAUGUGCUGCUGUGCUGAUAGACCGCCGGUUGCGGUUCCAUUGUCGGUUUCACGGUUUGGUUCCCUUUCAGCGGUUCACUUGCCGGUCAAAGCGAGUGGUGAAUGGUCUCUUAAUUGCAUGCUUCGGAAACUUAACUAAUGCAGGGUUUAAUUGGAAAAUUAUUUUGCUUGUUAUUAUUGUUUUUGUAUAUAAAUGUUUACAUUGUAUUUUCAUUUAUUUUCGUC